AUGGGCUUCGGGCUGCUCUGGGCCCGUGUUCUGUCCCGGCCCCGGCCCUGCCCCUGCCCAGGCAGGCAGCGCACGCUGUGCGGGGCGAGCUCUGACCCCGCUCCCGCGGCUCCGGGCCGCCGCGACGGGCAGCGACGCCGAUGCGGGGAGCACGGCUCAGCGGCUUCGGUGCAGAACCGGGGCCGAGUUGUACAGCAGCGCCCGGCCCUGGGGAUGGGUGCCAGGUCAGCGAGAAGGGCCGGGGGAUGGGUGCAUCGGCCGGGCCCCCCUCGAAAGCUGCUGCCCCGGGUGCGCCCGGCACCGCCGCUGCCACCGCGACCCCUGCCCGACGCUCGUCCUCCCCGCGGCGGGCCCGUAGCAGGGGACACGCUGGGGCUGGCGGCUACGAGCGCUUACCGAGCCCGCGGAGCGGCCGCGCUGCGCCGGGCGCAGCCCCCGCCCGCCCGCCCGGCCCGGGGCCCCCCCCCCGCCGCUCGGCUGCCGCCCGGGCACGGCGGAGGGUGCGCGGGCAGCGGGAACCGGCGCUCGGCGGGCUCGGGGUUUCACUCGCGUUUCUGCGGAACCGGGCUGCGCCGUUUCCUCCCUCCUUCCUCCACGGUCACUCGGCGCCGUCCCGCUCUCUCCUCUCCGCAGUUCUUCGUGCCCGCCAGCCCCAGCACGACCUGCUGCGAGGCCGCCCCCCGCUCCGGGCCGGAUGCCUCCUCGGCGCCGGCCGCCGCCUCCCUCUGCUGCGCCCCGUACGAGAGCCGGCUGCUGGCGCCCGGCCGCGCCGAGCUCAAUGCCGCGCUGGGCAUGUACAGCGCCCCGUACGCCGCCGGCCAGGGCUACGGCAACUACCUGCCCUACGGCGCCGAGCCCGCCGCGCUCUACACCGCGCUGAACCCCCAGUAUGAAAUCAAAGACGGCGCCGGCACGUUGCACUCGGGAAUCGCGCAGCCCGCUACCUACUACUCCUACGAUCAUUCCUUGGGGCAGUACCAGUACGACAGCAGGUACGGGACCGUGGAUUUCGGUGGUUCAGCCAGACGCAAAAAUGCAACGAGAGAGACGACGAGUACUCUCAAGACCUGGCUGUACGAGCACCGGAAAAACCCCUACCCCACCAAAGGAGAGAAAAUCAUGCUGGCUAUCAUCACUAAAAUGACCCUGACGCAAGUGUCCACUUGGUUUGCUAACGCCAGACGGAGGCUUAAGAAAGAAAACAAAAUGACCUGGUCUCCCAAGAACAAAGCCGGGGAAGAGAGGAAAGAAGACACCCCGAGGGAAGAGGAUGAAUACAGUGCGGAGGGUGAAGGCAGAGAGCAGAAGACCUACAAGGAGGACAAGGACCUGCGGUUCAGCGACCUGGAGGAGGAGGAAGAGGAGGAGGAGGAGGAGGCGGGGAAGCCGGAGAAGGGCCGGACCAGCUCCCUGCAGGAAGCCCCCAGCCUGGGCGCGGCGCUGCCCGAGGCUCCGCGGAGCGACUGCAGCCUGCCCGGCCCCUUCCACGCCUUUCCUUGUGCCAAGGCCCCCGCCGCGGACUUCGCCCCCGCCUCCUUGGCCGGCCCGCCGCCGCCCUACGCGCCCGCGGAGAAGCCGCGCAUCUGGUCGCUGGCGCGCACCGCCGGGGCCAGCGCGGCGCGCAGGGGCAGCCCCGAGGGCCGCGGCGCGGAGGGAGGCGGCGGCGCGGCGGGGGAGCAUCCCCUGCCCGCCAAGGCCUUCCGGAGCUCCGCUUUCAGCCUGCAGCAGCUCCCGCGAAGCUGCGCGUCCCACCGCGGCCUGGGGGAGCCGUGCCAGUUCGCGGCGGCGGGCGAAGGCUUCGGGCGGGGCGCCAAGGGCGGCCCGGGAUGCACCGAGCUGGGUGGGACGUGCCUGGACAGGCUGCGGACGGCGUUUCGGCCCGUGCUGCGGAGGUGAGGGCCGCCCGCCCCAUCCUGGGCGCUGGCGACGGGGCUCCGGCUGUAACGAAGCACUCGGCUUGACGCACCGAAAGAACCCCGUCCCCGGGCCGGCGCUGGCCUCGCGGCUCCGCCCGCCCUGCCCUCGCCGGGGAAGGGCCGCCGCGGCACAACGUGCUGCGCACAUGGGGCCGCGCAGGAGCGGCGCCUCCCCGCCCUCGCCUGCCGUGUGUUCGGUAUUGCCCUUUGACGUCUUUGCAAAAAGGAAGAAAAACCCCCACCCUAAUAUUUUCUCUUUUCCUCCCACGUCGUGGUUUGUUUCUCCUUUUCCUCCCAAACCUGCGCUCUCUGCUCAGCGCCCUGCUCUGCCAAGGGGCAGCAGUUUGCAGUAGCUCCGCGCCGUCCCAGGGAGGAGAAGCGGCGCAGGUUACGCCGGACUGUUUCUUUCCCGUCUAUGUACAUAGAUACCGCUGAAAGUAUUUUUCGGAGUCUAAUUAACACGGGUGAGCUGAACGCCACGAAGCCGCCAGUGACCUCGGAGCUCUCCAGCCAGGAGCCGGCACGGCCCGGGAGGAGCGGCCCCGGGCAGCUGCCACUCGCCCUGGGGCACGGCCGGGGCACCCCCGGGCAGCGGGUGGCGACCGGGCGGCGAAGUAGGACGUUGUUAGUGGGUCACCGCCGUCAGUCAGUCAAAAGAGCAGUGCUGCACUUUACAGGACAGACGAGAAAGGGAAACCGUAUCUCUGCAUUAUUUCUGUUUAAUUAAAAGUGUCAUCAAACACUUUGUGUUCAGACUAAUAAACCAA